AUGGGGAAGGGAACAGGAAGCUUUGGUAAGAGGAGGAACAAGACUCACACCCUUUGUAUUAGGUGUGGACGUCGUAGCUUUCACAUCCAGAAGAGCCGGUGCUCCGCCUGUGCCUACCCUGCCGCCCGUAAGAGGACAUAUAACUGGAGCCAGAAGGCAAUUCGCCGGAAGACGACUGGAACUGGUCGCAUGAGGUAUCUCCGCAAUGUGCCUCGCAGAUUCAAGUCCAAUUUCAGAGAAGGUACUGAAGCAGCUCCAAGGAAGAAGGCUGCGGCAGCUUCUGCUUGAACUGCUGGAGGUUCUACAUGGGCCUGAUUUUGGGGUACUUUUAUAUGUCAUGUGGUGUUUUAUUCAAUUGUGAGAACAAGUUAAUUUUUGAAACUUCAUUUUAAAGGGUUUUCAACCCAUUUCUUGUUAUCAGCUGUCUUACUUUUUCUUCAAACGAAUUGAUCUGAGAUUUGGAUACCUAAGGGUUAAACUAUAAUGAGUCUGAAUUCCCAUUUUUCUUCUUGAAGCUUGAUUUUGCUUCAUGGUGUUUUUUCUUGUGAUUAUGAUGCCGCUUGAAAAUUAUAUUUUGGUUGGUUUGAUUCUUAAUUAUAUCCAAAGCAAGUGUGGAUACAUAAAUGAUCCAAAAGAUGUAAGACUUGAAUCAAACCAUCCGUUUUGUUUUCCUAGUUGGGCCAUUAGUCGGAGGAUUGCUUUCUGGUUCUGGUUCUGGUUGUGGAUAUGAAUGUCUGUUUUUUUUAUACUCAACUGUUAUUCUAAUCCAUAGUUAGCUGAUCAGGGCUAAACUAGCAUUUCAGUGUAUAAAGUUCCUUUAAUUUUCCAGAAAUGGUUAGGUUGACUAAGUUUAAGUAUUUUUGCAAAGGAACUAACUGAUGUGCAAGAAUUUGACUGCAUGGUAAUUCUUCGUGUGGGGAUGCUUUGUCCUAGCCAAGCUUUUGCUUGACAUAAGUGACUCUGGAUUGGAUUUAUGAUUUUUCUUCCCCCUGCCAAGCAAAGAGAG